UUGGCAGCAUCUCCACUAGAGCGCCGGCGCGUCAUCCUCGGUUCACAUCGACGGAACGAGUUGUAAGCAAAUGAGAACAUGUGUGGGAUCUGAGAGAGUGAGAGAAGGCAAGGGGGGAUAGAGGGGAGCAAGAGGAAGGUGUGAUAAAAGACUAUUUUAUCAACCUGACAAGUGGAUAGCCUACGAAAUUUGAUCGCUGGACUAUAUUCUUUUUUUCUUUCUUUCUUUCUUUAUAUUUUUCAGACUGGGAAUUUAUCGAUUCGUCACAUGCGCACGCCUCUUCAUUAUAAUUGCAGACAGUUGGGUGCUGUUCAGGCUGAAUGGACUUGAAUGUGCGGCUGCCAGCUUAAUCCGUGCAGACUGGAAGAUUUAAUAAUUCACGGUAAUCACGCAUUAUCGCCUCAGUGGAUGCUCUCAACGCAGCUCUGGUGAUUUCUCCCCCUUCUUUCCUCGUUCCUUUCCUGUUGUCUUCUGGAGGAUUUAUCGACGACUGCUUUGCAAAUAUGCUCCUUAUCUGAAUUAUCAUCUGUUGCUGCAACUGGAUUGAGAAGAGCCCCCAAUGACUGGCUCUGACACGCGCUUGAGAUUGACUGCCUUGAGGUGAUGUGGACUGUUGAAUGAGAAGCGUCUUUAUCGCCGUUUGAUUAUUUUACUCCAGGUAAAAUGGACGAAAAAUUAUUGUUACUUUUAUUACUUCUCUUAUCUCUACACGCGAGGCUGUGAUUUGUGCUCGUAUUCACCAUGAUCCUUUUACUCAGUUGAAUUGCUUCUUAUUGAUUCAGACUGGAAGCUUAACAGCAAUAUUACGAGGCGAAUUUCAACGUGAAGUGACACUGAGGACAGUUGGAUAUUGGGGUCGUGGAGGUAUUUCCCUCCCUUGCUCUUCGUUUGAUUAAUUCCCUUUUCGACGGAAGGGUAAAUGUUGAUGAUGGAGGACGACGAAUUGGACGCUCAUCAGGUUGAUUCGGAUUUCGAGCCGCAGAGCCGGCCUCGCUCGUGCACCUGGCCGCUGCCAUGCCCGGAGGAUUUCCCUGGUGUACACGAGGUCAGCGUGGGUCUUCCACUGGCCAACAUCAAGGUGGAACCAGAGGACGUCCCGGCUUGCAUAGCGGGGCUCGUGGGCGGAACGCCGGGAGAGCUGAAGCAUCCAGCCGGCGCCCCGGUACCCACGGGCGCGACGCACCCAUGCCUGGCUGGCGCGGCGCCCGAUGUGACCGGACCGCUGCGCAAAGCCAAAUCCUCGCGGCGGAACGCGUGGGGGAACCAGUCCUACGCGGAUCUCAUUACCCGCGCCAUUGAGAGCACCGCAGAAAAGAGACUCACGCUGUCACAGAUAUACGACUGGAUGGUCCGCUAUGUGCCCUAUUUCAAGGAUAAGGGCGACAGUAACAGCUCUGCUGGCUGGAAGAACUCCAUCCGACACAACCUAUCCCUCCACACACGCUUUAUCAGGGUGCAGAAUGAGGGAACAGGGAAGAGUUCUUGGUGGAUGCUGAACCCAGAUGGAGGGAAGAUGGGCAAGUCCCCCCGCCGUCGAGCAGUCUCCAUGGACAACAGCACCAAAUACCUAAAAAGCAAAGGCCGCGUCAGAGGCAAGAGGGUUGGCCGUCCUGGGAUAGGAGCAGGGUCUGUUGUGGUUGGGCUCCAGGGUUCCCCCGACCAAAGCAGCCCACCACAGAAAGGCCUCCCAGGAGCUGGAGGGGCAUCUGGGACAGAAGGAGAGUUUGAUGCUUGGACAGACCUCCAUUCCAGGGCUAGUUCAUCAGCCUCCACACUUAGUGGUCGUCUGUCCCCCAUCCUUGCAGAGGGAGAGCCAGAGGAACCAGAGGAAGGUGGCCUGUCCUGUUCCACCUCCCCCCACCUCUACCCCUCACCGACCAGUGCCCACUCUCCAUCCAGGGGGGCAGGGAAUCUCUGUCCUCCCCUUGAGCAGCUGCCUCAGCUGGCUAACCUGACUGGUGCUAUCAGCCUGGAUGAGCAGCUGAUAGAGGAUAGUUAUCAUCACCAUCACCCACCGCAGCAGCAACACCAGCAGCAUCCAGCAGUUGGCAGACAUAAGCACCAAACCCCUGUCUACCACUACAGCUCUGGAGUGAAGGGGCAGAGUCCCUAUGGUGCAGGCGUCUAUGGUGCAACAGGCAUGGGGAUGCUGCGCCACCACUCACCCAUGCAGACCAUUCAGGAGAACAAGCCAGCAAGUUUCUCUGGAACCAUGCGGGCAUACUCCAGCACCAAUGCCCUGCAGAGUCUGCUUACAGGCGGUCCAGUUAGGCAGCAAUACUGUUCCAAGGACAUGAUGCUGGGACAGGAGAGGGAAAGCCAUCCUAUGAUGGGGCAAGCUAUUAACGGAGCAGGCUCCAACCAUCACAGCCACCACCCUGGCCACCUUAAUGGCCACAGCCACAAUGGACCUCAUAGUCACAGCUCAGCUCACAGCCAUAACAGAACUCACAGCCAUACAAGUAGUCAUAAUCACAACAAUGUCACCAACCACAACCACAACUCACCUCACAGCCUCGCUCACAACGGUCACACCCUCAGCCAGAGCCAUAACCACACACCGCCCCGGGCUGUGGCCCUCAUCCCACGUGGCAACGGCAAUCAGCUGCAGACCUACAACCACAAAGCUCCCUACCUGUACAGCCCCCCAUCACAUGCCCACCUCCCCGCCUCCACCACCCUUCCCCCAAACCCAGCAGGUAUGCUCGGCAUGCCCCAGGACUCUUGCCAUGUGGCCACCGCUCCACACCCCCGUCACAACCACUACCCCGAUCCACAACACCAAGGCAUGACAAACGGACCAUACCACCAUGGCCAGGGGAUGGGGAAUGGUAGCAUUGGUAGCAACUACCAUGGCUAUCACCAACCUCAACCCCAUGAGAGACUACCAGCUGACCUGGACAUUGACAUGUUCCAUGGUAGCUUGGACUGCGAUGUGGAGUCCAUCCUCCUCCAUGAUAUUAUGGACUCUGGGGAGGAGAUGGACUUUAACUUUGACUGCUCCCUAGCCCAGGGGGUGGGCAUCGGCAUGGGUAUGGGCAUGGGUGUGACCAUGGGGAUGGGAAUGAGCGGUCUGACUGGUCCACAGCAAGCUCAUAGCAACCAGAGCUGGGUGCCUGGCUGAAGUCUGGGACAACAUCCUACCCUCUGAACUAAAAGAACUACCCUACCCAUGAAGCACUGUGCUCAACUGUGACAUUCCUGACUUGACACAGAUACUUUAGGACCAACACUCCCGUCCCGCUUUGUUGUCUUGACAAUUCUUCUGUCACCCUUUCCUCUUUUGAUCCCGCCCCCCACCCCUCCCCAAGAGAUGUAGUUCACGUCACAUUAGGUUUUUCUUCAUAUCAGCUAUACUGUGAUGACAAUCUCUCAGCUGUGCUUGCCCAUCAUCGCUUCUCAUCUACCAUGAGAACUGAACUCUCAAUGCACUUUAUUGCAAGUGGGUCACAUCUCGCAGUGCAACGCGUUCACAGAGCAGCUCAGGCAGAGCUUGGCAUGUUUUGUAAGGUGGCUGCAGAAUUUGUCGGCACCAAAUGAGGAAAUCACAGGCUCCGUUGAUAAAGUCUCACCUCUUGGCAUUGAAUUAAAACUGGACUCCUUUUCUCAUAUGCUGCCAUUGUCUGUGUAGGGAUAGUCUUUUUUUGUGAUUAGAACCGUGAGGCCUUAGACACGGCCUAUUCUUCAUAUCUCACAAAUUCAAAAAUAGAAUAAAUACAAUAUUGUUGAUUUUAACCCUUACAUUUGACACGGGUUUCAUAGCAUACAGUAUAUUUAAAUAGAGAUCUGUUCAUCAUUUUAAUGAUAACGACAUUCACAUGCUCAUCAGAUCCAGUUAAUUAUCUCACUCCGGCAGUCCUGGUUUUUACAGCUACAUGUAUUUAGUCCUUGGGGCUUUGACUUUUCUCUUGGAUGUAACGUUUUGUCAGUGCCCUUUUGCCUUCGGUUAGAGAAUAUUGUCACUACACCGUUAAAUAGAUUUUAUCAUUACUGGCUAGCAUGCAAUUUGGUGGAUUAAAAUGUUGUAUCACCUUAUCUCACCUGCGCUCCUCGUGCCAGUUCCCUCUCUCGCUUUUCCUCUCGCUCUGCCUGCCAGUGGCGAUAAAGUGACCAUUCCUCACACCGAGCCAUUAACGUGGCUUGAUUGAAAUUCAGCAUCUUGCUUUUAAUAUCCAAAGUGAUGCAGCAGCGAUGCGUCAUUAUUGGGAAUCUAACACGUUGUCCUCCCAUCUCUCACCCCGGCCGUCCGGGCGGCCGCUCGCCUCUCCAACUUAAUGUGCCAAGAAAGCAAGACAAAACUGUGAUUAACGCCAAGUCACUCUGCCUGCUGUCCUGCUCUGAGAAGGGCCAAUGUCACUGUCCGCUUGCCUGCUCACAGAGGGUACAAGAAGGAAAAAAUGGAGCCAAGAAGAGAACAAAAGUCUGUUGUUGCAGUGGGAUCAAUCAUCAGCCUCAGUUUCCGUACUCUUUGGGUGUGUGUGUCUGAAAACAGGUAGUGUAUUCGUAUUGUAAAUCAUCAAUGUCUGUAUUUUGUAUUCCCCUGUUCCCAUGUUUUCAGUCCUUAUACCCUGAGCUUCAAAUACUCAAAUAGGUGCAAUGGAAGGUAAUUGAGGAGAAAACAAUCAGCUAAUCCGAGUGGCAUGAGUCUAUGUCAAACAGGGUUGUAAUGCCCCACAACCAUCCACAUCCACUUUUUGUGUGUUUAUUCUGUUGUCUUGUAGUUGUUGUUGUAUUGUUGAAAUUCUAAGGACCAACGAGGACAGCGCUGAAAUAUCCAUAGUGUAAGGAGUGAAAUGAUGUUGGUAGUGCAGUAUGACCUUCCUAUGUUCCAAUACCGUGCACCCCUUCCACACGUGCUCUCCUCAAUUGUCUCUGUGUUUGUGAGUGUGGGAUUCUGAAGCUUCUCACUGGCCUUGAGGGAGGAAAAAUAAGACCCCUAUUCUCCAGUUCCCUUAAGGAGACUCCUUGCGCUUGGUCUGCACCAAGUACGGCACACAAAGGAAAAGAUGGGGGGGUUGAUAGUAGGGUGGGGGUGAUUUUUACAGCCAAAGGUCAAGCACAGCACAGACUAUCAGACCCAUUAUUGGAGUAAAUACCUUUAUUUCAGGGCUUUUAGUCGCGCUGGUUCCAGAUAAUCUCCGUGAGGAAAAUGCGUGGAAUUUUCUAAACAAAUGGGCCUCACAAAGCAGUUAUGUUAUAAUCUAUGCUACAGACAUUUAGCAAUGCCCUGUUAUUGGAAAGAGAGCUAUAUAUGAUGUCUAAUUUUCCUAUAUUUAUUUAUGAAAGAGAUAGGUCUUUGUCAUUCCUAAAUGUGGUAGUUGUUUGAGUCAACUCCUAUCCCCUUCUUUUCUCUGUUUUCUAAGAUGUCACUCUACCUUUGCCCCUUUUACUGACUUUUAUUUUGUACAAAAUCUAUAUAUUAAGAAUAUUGUAUAAUAGUUUUUAAAAUCUCGAAAUAAUAUCAGUUUUGUUGUCUAUUUCUUUUUUAAGAGAAUGUAUCUCAUCAUCUGGUGACUGUUAAAUAAAUGAAAUUAAAAGAAAAUCUUUGUCGUUGCAAUUUUCUGAAUCUGACCAUGAAGAUGGAUUUGUUUUUGUUCAUGGUAACACAAAAAAAAGACCCUUUCCUUACAAUUCACAGUCUUAAAUGGAUUCUCCUGAGCAUACUUGUGCUUGUCAACUCUCAUGACUGAACAUGAAUACAUGUGCAUUACUUGUUAAUUUAUUGCUUCAUUUUGUAGACAACCCCUCUUGACUAUUGUGUUUGACCAGGACACCAAAUCGCGGCGUGGGAGGCGAAAGAGUGGGCUGUAUGAAUGAAAUAUGGGGGGUGGGAGCACCUUCACACAUGUUGGGAACCAUCACUUGUGCUUGAGACUGCAUGAGAAAGAAAGAUAGAAAUAGUGUGAAUUUUGUGU